AUGAAGUUCAUUGGUUUCCUCGCGGCGACGCUCCUCGCUUCGGCGGACGCCCUGCCCGACAUAAUACCCAACAUUAGGGGAACAAAGACCAUCCUAGGGCGCUAUGAGAAAGGAGUGCAACAGCCGUCAGAAACGCCUGUACUCAACAGUCCUAAAGUACAAGGUUGCUUCAAGUCAUCCGGCGAACUGAAAAUGAACAGGACAAUUGAGUUCAACAGUAUCGGCGAGUGCGCCACCAAGGUCUGUUACGUGGGAGGCUAUUCGGUGGCCGGCACCAUGGGCGGGAACCAGUGCUGGUGCGGCAACACAUACCCACCCAAGGAGGACGUGGUUGAGGACAAGAACUGCAACGCCCCGUGCUCAGGCUACGACCAAGAAGCAUGCGGCGGCUCAUUCUUUUGGACCAUUUACAACACCGGCCUGACCUUGGCGGUCAGGUACUCGAACGAGCAGAGCACAUCUACCUCGAGCAGCGCCACGAAGACCGCAGAGCCCACCUCGGUGGUGUCUCUGUCCCAAAGCACGGUCGUUGUUACGCAGCCUCCCGAGAGUGAGGUAGCGACAAGCAGCGGCCCUAACGUGGCCGGCAUUGUCGCGGGCGUAGUUGUGGGCGUCGUCGUGGCCGCUGGCAUCACUGCUGGCGUUUUCUUGUACAUGCGCAAGAAGAGGAACGACGAAAUCGAAGCCGAGCACCGCCGCAACGCCGCCGUCAAUGCAUUCAUGGGCAAGCCGCCGGGAAGCAGUGGCGGUCUUUCCAUGACGGAUUCCCGGUUGGAUCCAGUCAUGGCCCAUAGGAGGAUGAGCGACGGCAGCAUCGCCGACAACCAAGACUACUCCAGGAAAAUCCUCCGCGUCACCAAUGCAUGA